AUGGAUAUUGGAGGACUGACCACCGUGGUAGCCAAUUCUGCGUACAUCAAUGCCCGUGGAAGCAUCGACGGCUCUAAUCCAGCAGCAGCUCGGGAUAAGAAGUACCAUGCUCGCCUCAAACUGCCCCACAUCACCGUGUGCGAAGGCCUGAGGGACACCCUAGAUUUGGCCUUUGACACCAUCUGCGUAGAACAGCCGAUUGGCAAGCGUCUCUUUAGGGAAUUCUUGGAUGCAAAUAAAGAAUAUCAUGGCGCUUGUCGUUUGUGGAAGGACAUCGAGGGCUAUGACAUGGCAGAGGACUCUGAAAGGGGGAAAAAAGCUUCAAAGAUUGUUCAGCGGUACUUGGAUCCCACUGCCAAACACUACUGUCCCUUCCUGUCUGAGGACAUCAUAGCGAAGGUGAAGGAAGGUCUGGAGGCCGUAGGGGACGAGUUGUUUGCUGCAGCCUUGGCCUCGACGUUGGACUUUCUGCGAGAGGCCCCCUACAAUUUCUACCUGGAGAGCAUGUACCUGAAGAGGUACGUGCAGUGGAAAUGGCUUGAGAUGCAGCCCAUGGAUGCGGACUGGUUCCUGGACUUCCGUGUGCUGGGGAAAGGUGGGUUUGGGGAGGUGUCUGCCUGUCAGAUGAAAGCCACUGGAAAACUGUACGCCUGUAAGAAACUCAACAAGAAGAGGCUGAAGAAGAGGAAAGGCUAUGAGGGUGCCAUGGUGGAGAAGAGAAUUCUUGAGAAGGUUCACAGUCGCUUCAUUGUGUCGUUGGCGUACGCUUUCCAGACAAAGGAAGAGCUUUGUCUCGUCAUGACCAUCAUGAACGGAGGAGACCUCAAGUACCACAUCUACCUGGUGGAUGAGAACAACCCCGGCUUCGACGAGCCCAGAGCCUGUUUUUACAUUGCUCAGAUCAUCCAGGGUAUGGAGCAUCUCCACCAGAAGAGGAUCAUCUACCGAGAUCUCAAACCAGAAAAUGUGCUGCUAGAUAAUGACGGGAACGUGCGUAUAUCUGACUUGGGUCUUGCUGUGGAGCUAAAAGAAGGCAAAACACUGACCAAAGGCUACGCCGGGACGCCAGGGUACAUGGCACCGGAGAUGCUGAAAGGAGAAAAGUACGACACCUCAGUGGACUACUUCACUCUGGGGGUGACCUUGUUUGAAUUCAUUGCUGCUAAGAAUCCUUUCAGAAACAGGGGGGAGAAGGUUGACCGUGAGGAGAUGAAGGAGCGCAUGCUGAACAGGAAGGUGGAAUAUCCAGACAAUUUCAGUGAGCACGCAAAGUCAUUGUGCGAUGGGCUGCUGGCCAAAGAAGUGGACCAGAGGAUGGGUUUUAAGAACAACUGCUGCGAUGACAUCAGAGCACACCCAUUCUUCAAUGACAUUAACUGGAGGAAACUUAAUGCAGGUAUUCUACCUCCUCCUUUCGUCCCCGACCCUAAAGUGGUGUACGCUAAAAGUCUGGAUGAUGUCGGCGCUUUCUCCUCGGUGAAGGGGGUGACCCUGGAGGAUCCCGACAAGACCUUUUUUGAUGAAUUUUCUUCGGGCAACAUCCCCAUCCCUUGGCAGGAGGAGAUGAUCGACAUGGGUAUCUAUGGAGAGCUCAACCUUUGGGGCCCCGAAGGCAGCUUACCCAACGACCUCCGCAGGGAGUCAAUACUAGAGCAGCCAGCAAAGUCGUCGACUUGCUGCACAUCGUAG